ACGAUUUUAUUUCGCGCUGACGCACAACGAUGCGUUCUUUGCAUCCCCUCGGUGCGGGCAAACGUGAGAGAAUUGGGGUAUAAUUUGGCAUUACAAGUAAACGCCCGACUCCUGGGUCUCCGUUAAAUGCAUUCUUCACAUCUCUAGCAAAUAGACUUGGAAAUUUUUAUAGAUAAGAAUACACCGUGUUGGUGUACGUCUGGCUCACUUAUCGACUCGUCUGUCUUUCAACGCGCAAUCUUCCCUCGAACGUAUUAACCGCGUAGACAGCUCAAAAUAUGAUAUGAUAGAGGAAUGAUAUUAAGUGCAAAUAGUUUGGAAGAUAAUAUUGACGAGGUGUCAAAUGUGUAAUGUUUAGUUUAUUUAUUCAUCGAGUUCCUGGUUAAGAUAAUCGAUCGAUGUGAGUUUUGCUCUCUACUAACAAAUACGGUUCUUCCCAAACAAAAUCUGCAUAAAUAACGCAAAUCCCAAGAAUUAAAAGAUAUACGGUUAAUUAGAUAAGAACACACAGCGGGGAAAAACGAUGGAGCAUUCAAUGAAUGAAUUUCGAAAUGCUGUCCGAACGAGGACGGCAUGUAUCUGAGGUCGAAGUUCACCGACACGGCCGACACUUAUCGAUUCUCAGAGAAUAAUUAUUGUCAACAGUCAUUUUAUCGCGGUGCGUAAAUGUGUGCACGCGUAUUUGUCGCAGCUCUGAAGGAGAGAAGAGACAAGAUGCGCUCUCGUCGAGGUGCAUUGUUCGAAAUGACGUUGCAUUGCAAACUGUACAUUACACACGCCCUGCAGGAGGUGACAGCAGGGGAAGAACAGGUUGUUGACGGGGUCGGGAAGAGGGGGGGGGGAGAAGAGAAAGAGAAUGUACAAGCAGAAACGCAAAGGACAUCCUGCCUGAUGAUGAUUCACGCGACACGGUUUCCGUAACGUUUGAUUUUGCUCGACGUGAAAAAUUUUCCCCGUAUGCACAGACAAAACCGAUUGUCGUUACACGACGGUGAUCAGAAAAAUUGAUAAAAAGUAAUCGAGAAAAAAAAACCCGCUCCGUUUACUUCGUUUAUUUAUGAGUCAUUAUGCGAGCGAUGAUACGCUCGAAUUGUUUCUUCCGAGCUUGACUCGCGCGGGUAUCCUUCGCUCUCUCGCUCAUGCGGCUUAUCGCUCGGCAGUGAGAAACAGAGAAAAAGUGCGAACUAUAUCGGAAAAAUAAAUGGCGCGUGAAUUGCGAUUACUUUGUUAUCGGCGUAAUUAACGACGUAGAAAACGGAGUGAUUGUCGAUCUCGAUAUUUUCAGGCGACAUAUAUGCGAGCUUUACGACCUCGACGAUGUUUAAUGAAGCGUCCGAUCCACGAGUGGUGGGAUCCUUUCGCUUUUCGCGCGAAAAGGGUGAAAGUGCCAUAGAGCCGGCAAAUAAUCUCAGAGGCGUGAUCGUCUCGGUGUGGCCCACAUCGUUAAAUUCAUAACUUUUGCUUUGAAAGUGACGAACCGUGCCGCGUUUUACUUUUACAUUUUCUCGUCCACGCUAUAGAAAUUGAAGGAAUCUCUCUGGCUGGAGAGAAAUUAAUCUUAACGUAGAGAAAAUUUUAUAGUAAAAAUUACUAUAAUAACCAGUAGGCACUAAGAAAAGAAUUAUAAAAGUUUUUGCUAUGUAUUUCAUCAAAUUGCCAUAGUAUUUACACUAUAAUUCUCUAAAAUUUCUUCUCUGUGCCUCUUACCGUACAUAGUAAUUUAUGAUACGAUAUUUUCUCCGUGUAUGAAUAUUGCGAAUUUUCCGCGAGGGAUCCCAGGCGAUUGGCUUUUCGAGAAAAUUUUUAGAGAGCCUUCUCAGUCCUCUUUUUAGUCCCCCCCCCCUUCCUACUUAUUGUUAGUACUCCUCUCGUUCUCGUUCUCUUAAACCGACGCUAUUCAUAUUCAAGGCGAUUUAUUUCUCUUGCGGUCCAAUUCGCGAUGCGAGUAUUAUUUAUGACGCUCGUGGGCGCGAACGUGGAAUAGCCUAGCGUCUGCACGCGUGCCCUCUCCACACAUACACACACACACACACACACAUACGCAUACGCGAGUACCGCUCAACGAGCGUCUCUCAUUCACGCGUGCACACGCACGCCUACGCACGACGCGUUCGCCGCCUGCGGCGAAGGAGAGAAAAUGUAUUUGUACGCGUGGCUCCUCGUCGGGCACAGACCAGUUACAGCAACGUGAUCGACGUUUUGCGUGUCUAACAAUGCGCAAAGAAGAAAUAGAAAUUUAGUAUAACCUUCCCAUUUCCCUCUUUUCGCUCUUCUUUCCCUUUAUUCUUUCUACUUUUACUUUAUUUCAAUUAAAUCCUUACUUCCGCUUGUUUCUCUACAUUUUCACCCUUUUUCUCCUUUUUUUCUAUUUCUCUCUGCGCCUUUCCAUUUUACUUCCAUUCUUACGGUGCGUCCCCAUUCUCCUUUUCCCCCUCCCCCCCAUCCCUCGAUCUCGCGUGCAUUCCGACGAGAGAGAAAAAAAAAAGGAGCAACUUCGCGAGGCCGUCGGUCUUACGCCACUGAAUGAGGGACGAUCAGUUGUGGUGCAGGUGCCAGAAAGAGCAUGUACGCCAGCGAGUGAUCGUUAAACAAGGACGAGCGUAGAGAGACGGCCGCGGGAGUGGGCAGGAAACGGUUCGGUUCGGACUAUGUAAGACGACGAGGCGGCGGCCGAGGGGUCUGAUCGUGCCGACUUCUCGUCGAGACCGGAGUAGUGUCCGAUCAGCCGUCGCGGCGCGUGGUGCUUUUCGCCGUUCACUUCGUCGCGUCGUGCAAAAUCGCGAUUGUGAUUACAACCUCGUCUGAUCGGCGAGGAACCUCAUCAGGUUCAAAUCUAAAGUUUCGCCCGUCCGGCCGCGAACGCGUCGAACGCGUCCACGGGGAAAGAGAUCUCGAGAUCAACUGGAGAACGGAGAUGUCCUCCAAUUAGAUAGAAAGUGCAGGAUUAUAAUGUGAAAUGAGUCCCGUCGUCGACAUCAGGAACGCGCGAAUGAGAGACGUGGUGAAGUGGUGACGAGAGGUAAACUCUGCUGCGACGUCGACGUCGCCUCCCGCGCGGAUCUUGUCCCCGAUACUUUUUCCACGCGUGUGAUCGCUUCGAGAUACCGACGUUGUGAAAUCCUCCUCCGAGACAAGAGGGAAAGAUUUCUCUUCCGAGUUCUGCCCUUUCGUAUCGUCGUUACUAAUAUCAGUCGAACGCCACGCGAAAUGGAGGAGAAUACGACGACGUCCAAUGUCCUUCUGAUAUCGAAGAUCGGCGCGAUGAUCGGUCUCGGCUUCGGCUCCCUCGUCCUGGGAACGUUACCGUUGAUGGUAGGACGUUACAGGGCCAAUAGGCGACUUCGCCGGAAGCGUCGCCAGGCGAUUUCCUCCAGUCAUUCCAGCUCCUCCACAUCCACUUCGGCGUCCUCGCCGAGCGUCGACUCGAUCUCCGCGACGAAUAAGCAAGGUCUCUUGACGUCGCUCUUGCUCUGCUUCGGCGGUGGCGUGCUCCUGUUCACGACGUUUGUGCACCUGGCGCCGGAAGUGCGCGCCAGCGUCGAGAGUCAUCAGUCGAACGGACAACUGCCCAAAUUGGGUACCCUCGGUCUGGCCGAACUGCUCUUCUGCAGCGGUUUCUUCCUCGUGUAUUUGGUCGAGGAAGCUGUACACGCCGCCCUUACCGGCAAGCCCGAAUCUUCGGAAGCGUUACUCUACCGAACCGUGUCGGUGCGCAGAUGCAACAACAACCAGGUAGGUCCGUCGGGUUCGCCGAUGAUGUCGAACGGCUCGAUCACCACCAUGUCUACGACCACCGCGUGGAAAGACACCAACGACAUCGAGGACAAUAAGGAUCGAGAUCGGAACGCAGACCGGACGAAGCUCCAGCUCGAUUCUCACAAUCCGACGGACAAGGAAAACAAGGUGCUACCGGCUAUAUUUGUCCUGCCCGUUGCAUUGCCGAAUGAAGGACAUCAAGUGGUCCAGAGGCAUUCAGAUUUAGAGCUAGCGGUGCCGGAACUGAGCUACCAAGUCAAUCAUCAUCAGUCUCACAACCAUCAUCAUCACCAUCAGCAUGGUGCGAUGAUGCAGAACACCUCAGUUCAAGGACUGCUGACUGUGCUCGCGUUGUCCUUUCACGCGAUAUUCGAGGGUCUGGCGGUGGGUUUGGAACCGUCCGUCAGUUCGGUCGCGUAUCUAGCGGCCGCAAUCGCGACCCACAAACUGGUGAUCUCCUUCUGCGUCGGAAUGGAACUCUACGUGGCCGGCGCGUCGACCAGGACCAUCCUCGGCUACCUAGCCAUCUUUUCCAUGGUCACGCCAAUCGGGAUCGCCGUGGGACUCGUCCUCGACCAUUUCAAGAACGACAGCGAGAACUUGGGACCUACGCCCACUAUACUUCAGGGCAUGGCGGCCGGUACCCUGCUCUACGUGGUGUUCUUCGAGGUGCUGGCGCGGGAGAGGGCGAAUGACAAGAGCGGCCUUCUACAGCUGGUCGCAAUCAUUAUCGGCUUCGCGCUGAUGCUGGGUCUGCAGAUCGCCACUGCCCAUUCCCACUCGCACGGUGGGCAUUCGUGUGGUGAUGAUAAGGAUCACGACCACGACCACGACCACGACCACGAUCACGAUCACGAUCACGAUCACAAGCACGACGUCGUUAUGGGGGCGAUCGACCAAGUGACCGACAGCAUCACCGAGGCCCUGUCCAACACCCUCACGUCCUCGACGACGUCGAAGACGAUCGACGUGAGCGAGAUCAGCCCGUUGCAGCCUCAACGCAGUUAGGGAAAACCGAUCUGGCAGUUUCCGCAAGUUCCAAGCUCCACGGCUGAAUUCUCCUUGUUCGCCAAGAGAUUCAGCGCAAUCAAGAUCUCUCGGGAAGCUCGAAGAUCUCGAGACAGUGCCUUUACUCAGGGGAUUCUUCUCGCGCGCAUUCAUUUUUUUUUUUUUUUAAUCAUCUAGCAAAGUAAGACGAGAGGUCGAGUUGACGAGAGGUAAAUCAGUUUCGCGACUUUUUAGUGUGUGGAUUUACGCGCGUUGAAGGGAUCGAACGGUCCCGACCGUGUUCCUGGAUGGACGUGGUGCAAACGUGACGCGGCGGAAAGUACGUCGCACAACUUUACGUUCGACAAGAAAUACGUCUUUCAUUGCUGCCCCGACUGGAAACUGCGUGUCGUUAGAAGAUACUUUACGGAUUUCCGACUGGCUUUCGCUGACUAUCGCGACAGGCAACCUGAAGAAUUUCGCGCUCAAAGUGUCGCGAUCGCAAAGAAAACUUUCGCGCACCGACAGAAUAUUUUGUGCGUCUGAACCGAAUUUAUUUUUUUUAGAUACGUAAUAGGGAGUAAGUCAGCCUGCAGUUGCGGCGAUUAUUUAAGUGCCUUCCAAGAGCUGGAUACUUUACGAUAUCGAAAGUAUUUAUUAUCGAUAAUCUUUGUAAUAUAUGCGAAGGCGUUCCUCAGAAUUUAAUCUUUCUUGAUAGCAAUACGAAAAAAAAUGGGAACGUCGAGCUCUUAUCGUGGUCCAAUUUCCUAACUACUCAAUUACGAAUUCAAAUAGAAAUAGGCUAUGCGCAUUUAUAUAAUAAGAAAUUUUAAUAAAUUAUCAGAUUUUUUUUAUUACA